GCAGCAGCCAGGCGCAGGAGCAUGCUCGUGGGGCAGUUCCUCUCGCGGAGCAUCUGCAAUGCAGUCGGCUAUGCGUACCCGAUCUACAUGUCGGUCAAGGUCGCGGCCAAGGACGACGCGGUCGACGAGCAGAUCCAGUGGGUCGUCUUCUGGACGGUCAACGCCUGCUUCUCCGUCUUCGAGAUCAUUGCCGACCGGCUCGGCAGCUUCAUUCCGCUCUACUACGAGGCCAAGGUGUGCAUGAUGGCGUGGCUCGCGCUGCCUUACUUUCGUGGCGCGACGCAGAUCUACGAGAAGCUCCUCGCGCCCUACUUUGUCAAGUACGAGCAGUCGCUCGACGCCUCGAUCGACCUGGCCAGCGACAAGUUGUCGCAGCUCUGCCGCGAGGCCGCGUCCUUAGCGAUCCAGAAAGGCUCGGGGGCCAUCGUCCAGGGCCAGCAAUACAUUGUCAUGCAAGCGAUGCAGCAAGCGUGGAACCGACCCACGAGUCCGACGAGCGCGCCUAUUGCAGCCGUCGCCAAGCCGGUCGAGCCUGAGCCCAUCGUAUCACCAUCACCACUCAAGCAACCACCGACACCACCAAGCGAGCCGCCAUCCCGCCAAGAGAAGGAGGCGGAGCUCCUUGUGCACUUUCGCAUUCUCUUAUCGCGCGGUCUCAAAGUCCGCCACGGCGCCAAGUCGCGCUUGCUGCGGCUGAGUCCGUCGGGCACGCACUUGUAUCUCGAGUCCAAGGCGCACCGCGGCGCCGCGGCCCCUGUCGUCCUCAGUCUUCUCGCCGUCGCCGCGGUCGAUGCCAAGGACGAGGCGUGGUUCAAGAUCGACACGACGACGAUCCACCAUACACUGGCCUUGGACGCCGAAGUCAAGAAGACGCGCGACUUGCUCGUGGCGGGACUCCGCCUGCUCGUGCUCGCCUUCCAGAAGGAUGCCAAGCGCCCGCUCCAGCGACUUGCCCAGCUCCGUGCCCGCCACGCCAAGCAGUUGGCAUUUGAUAUGCUUCUCGACCACGUCAACCGCGCCAACCUUCAGCGUUCGUUUUAACGCAGCCGUUGCCUUUUCUUCUAUUAAAACGCAACUCCAAUCGAUCACUCCGCGCUGGCCAGAGG